AUGCACGACCCAAUCCCCAAAGUCGUCAAUGAGAGGGGCCAACUGAAUAAGCCAAAUGUGGUCGGGAAUAAAGGUGUGUCAUUUCGCACCGCGGCCAUCCCAACUGACAAAGUCAGCAACCAGGGGGAGCUGAAAGGAAUGGGUGAGUUGCCGUCGAAGCUAUCGGGUAUGGGCAGGCCACCUGAUGACCACGCUAAACAGCACACAUUGCUCGCACACCCACCCAUAGAUAAACAUUUGGGUGAGUUCGAAGUGAAUAACAUGGACGGGAUCAACCCUUCCGGGGCACAGUAA